CGCAGCAGUCGCCAUCCGCAGAUCCACUGUUAACUGCCCACGAGCAAAAAGAUUUCUCUUGAACUGAUCCCCGAUUCGGUGGAUUCUUAGUCACCAUCCGCAGGAGGAAUUUUUUUAUUAAAAUAUUGAUUUAGUUUUAUUUCAUCAAACAAACUCUAUCCAAACAAUAUUCUUAUAAAUAUUACUUAUAAGUUAUACCCUUCACUAGCAAACGCUACAGUCACUGGUCCUCAUUGUUUCCCUUCUAAUAAUGACGUUGGAGGAGCAAGAGAAGGCCGAAGCUCAAAACGGGGUGGGUCCCGCCUCGGCGGAGGCUGCCGGAGAUGAUACGGCGGCGGGGAGGGAUAUGUUCAACAAGCUGGUGUGGCAUGGGGGCUCAGUUGCUGAUGCUUGGCUCAAUGCUGCAUCAGCGCAGGUGGGUUCUCUUAUUCUUACUUUGCCUUACACGUUUGCUCAAAUGGGGUAUGCUGCUGGAGUAGGAUUGCAGUUUGUUUAUGGUGCAUUUGGUUGCUGGACUGUGUAUCUUCUUAGUCUGUUUCACACCGAGGCUUCUCGUAGAACCAGGGAGGCUGGCACUCUACACAAAAGACAUGUUCUUCAGUAUCACGAGGUGAUUACCCUUGUUGCUGGAAAGACUCUUGGCAAAGUUGUUCUUGUGUUCAACAUGAUCGCUCUCACAUUUGCAUGCGUCCUUCAGAUCAUAGCUUGUUCCAGUCAUGUAUAUUAUAUGAAUUCAAAUUGGUACAAAAGAACAUGGACGAUAUUAUUUGGAGCACUUGCAGUACCAACAGUUCUGUUACCUUCGGUUCAUAAUUUUCGCAUUGUCUCAGUACUCGGUAUUCUUACUACCACCAUUACCUCAUUGUACAUGACACUGGCUGCUGUUAAGCAUGGUCAGAUUAAGAAUGUUCAACAUCAAGGACCUAAUAAUUUGUUGGAUUUCUUCACUGGUGCAACCAACAUUCUGUUCUCAUUUGGAAGCCAUGGACUCUGCAUUGAACUGAUGGAGGCUAUGUGGAAACCUCAGCGGUAUAAAUGGGCAUAUGCAGCGGCAGUUUUGUACACCUAUAUACUCACUAUACCAGACUCUGUCGCUGUUUAUUGGGCAUACGGAGAUAUCCUUCUUCACAGAUCAAAUGCAUUUGGGGUUCUUCCACAAUCAACUUUUAAAAAUGCUUGCAUUAUCUCCAUGAUUUUACACCAGUAUGUAUCCUUCUUGCUAAAUGUGAACCCGCUAUUUUUGGCAUGGGAGAAAUUGGUGGGAGUUCAUUAUAGCAGCAGAUUUAUAUUUAAAGCAAUCGCAAGGGUGCCGGUUGUUCUUGUUAUAUGGUUUUUGGCUUUGGCCAUUCCAUUCUUUGGACCGAUUAAUUCUGUUAUGGGAGCAUUCUUGAUUGCCUUCUCAGUGUACAUCAUUCCUUGCGUGGCAUUCGUAAAUGCUUAUAGAAAUAAGCAGCUUCAAGCGCUCCAAGGCAACAACGGCAAAUGGAGGUUAUGGAUCAGCGUCUUCGUAGGGACUUGGGUUGCUGUUUUUGGCUUUGGUUUUGGAGGAUGGGCGAGCGGAACAACAUUCUUCAAGCAAAUCAAGACAUUUGGAUUCUUUAUGAAGUGCUACCAAUGCCCUCCUAAGAAUCAGCUGGAUACAGAACUCUGAAGUAAACAGUCACUCUCUAAUUACUUCUUCAGCAAAGUUUUAUUUAUGUUUACUUUGCCCGUUCACGUGUAUAUGCAUAUUUUACGUGUCAUGUGACAAUUUCAAAUGUUAUCUGGUAGCGUCUGAAUUAUUGUGGAAUGUGAUUCUGUGACAAUUGAGUCCAGGAAACCAAUUUGCUUUCUCC